AUGCAAAAUUUCUUUCUUGUUACUUCUGGUUCUCUUGCAGAAUAUAUAGUACCACAAGUAUGUCAAUAUGCAAAUAUUAAACAGAUAUUUAUUUUUUGUGCGUCAAUUACAUCACAUGCAGAUUGGGCACUUGAUUAUACUGAUCGAUUGUUAAUGUUCGACCAUCCAGAUGAUUUGUUGGAACGUUUAUGGCUCGAAAUGGAACGAUAUUUUCGAGAACAAGCUCAGGAAUGUAUCCAGCAAGCAGACGAUUUACAAGAACAAGCACAGAAAUACAAGCAGCCGCCAUGUGGAUAA